AAUCUAUCCAAACGAGGCGAGGCUGAGGCGAUUCGUCGUUCUAAUCAGGUUUUCCUCUCUUUCCUUUUGGAUUUUCUAUUUUUUUAUAUAGUUUCUCGGUUGCUUAAUGAGGAAACUGAGGAGAAGAGGACUAAGCUGUAGCUCCUGCUAAAUUUAGCAUAAUUUAAUAUAUUUAAGAAAAAAAAAAUUCUGAGGAUCGUUUUUCUGUUUAGCCUUGCACACCUGAUUAAGAAACCAAGGAUUUAUGACCUGUCAGAUUUUCUCAUUUUUCUGCUUCCAUAAGCUAUGUGGAUCUGGCCGAUCUAUUUUUCAUCUUUUGGUGAUUCUAAAUCAACCAUCGAUCUCAAACAUACCUUGCAAUUAGAGAAAUUUAGGGUUGCAGUUUUGGUUUCACAAGCUGCUCUUCAGUUUAUCCAGGGUCUAAGCUUGCCUAGUGAAUAUACUGUGCCUGAAGAAGUUAAAGCAGCAGGUUUCCAAAUCUGUGCUGAUGAGUUGGGAUCAAUUGUUGAAGGUCAUGAUGUGAAGAAGUUGAAAAUUCAUGGGGGAGUUGAGGGUAUUGCUGAAAAGCUCUCAACGUCAACUACCAAUGGCAUUUCUAUUUCUGCACCAUUGAUGAAUAAAAGGAAAGAAAUUUAUGGAAUUAAUAAAUUUGAUGAAACCCCACCUAAAGGUUUUUGGGUGUUUGUAUGGGAAGCCCUUCAGGAUACGACACUGAUGAUACUUGGUAUUUGUGCCCUUGUCUCUCUUAUUGUUGGUAUUACUAUGGAAGGAUGGCCAAAGGGUGCCCAUGAUGGACUCGGAAUUGUUGCAAGCAUUCUGCUUGUUGUGUUUGUCACUGCCACGAGCGAUUAUAAACAAUCCUUACAGUUCAAGGAUUUGGACAAGGAGAAGAAAAAAAUUAUGAUUCAGGUUACUAGAGAUGGAUUGAGGCAGAAAAUAUCAAUAUAUGAUCUACUUCCUGGUGAUAUUGUUCAUCUUGCUAUUGGAGAUCAGGUCCCAGCUGAUGGACUCUUUAUUUCAGGGUUUUCAGUUUUGAUAAAUGAAUCCAGUAUAUCAGGGGAGAGUGAACCAGCUAACAUCAAUGAAGCAAACCCUUUUCUUCUCUCCGGAACCAAGGUACAGGAUGGAUCAUGCAAGAUGCUUGUGACCACUGUUGGGAUGAGAACCCAAUGGGGUAAACUGAUGGCUACCCUUAGUGAAGGAGGAGAUGAUGAGACUCCUUUGCAGGUCAAACUGAAUGGAGUUGCAACCAUCAUUGGUAAAAUAGGUCUUUUUUUUGCAGUUGUGACAUUUGCUGUUCUGGUACAGGGAUUGUUUAACCACAAGCUGCAAGAGGGAACCCACUGGAAUUGGUCUGGAGAUGAUGCAAAGAAAAUGUUAAAAUUUUUUGCAGUUGCUGUUACAAUUGUUGUGGUUGCUGUUCCUGAGGGGCUGCCCUUGGCUGUGACAUUGAGCCUUGCUUUUGCCAUGAAGAAGAUGAUGAAUGAUAAGGCACUUGUCCGCCAUCUGGCCGCUUGUGAGACUAUGGGAUCUUCCACUACUAUAUGCAGUGACAAGACAGGUACUCUAACUACUAACCACAUGACUGUUGUUAAAGCAUGCAUUUGUGGGGAGAUAAAGGAAGUGAGUGGCACAGACAAAUCUUUUAAUCUUGGGUCUGCAGUUCCUGAAUGUGCUGUUAAAAUUCUACUUCAGUCAAUAUUUAUUAACACUGGUGGAGAGGUUGUUAACAAUAAAGACAACAAAAUUGAGAUCCUAGGGACACCAACAGAAACUGCUCUUUUGGAAUUUGGGUUAUUGUUUGGUGGGGACUUUCAAACAGAGAGACUUGCAUCAAAAAUAGUAAAAGUUGAACCCUUCAACUCUGCAAAGAAGAAAAUGGGUGUAGCUAUAGAGCUUCCUGAAGGAGGUUUCCGGGUGUACUGUAAGGGUGCUUCGGAAAUAGUCUUGGAGGCAUGUGACAAGGUAAUAGACUCAAAUGGCAAUGUUGUUCCUCUUGAUGAAGUAUCAGCCAAUCGUCUAAAGAGUACAAUUGAACAAUUUGCUUGUGAAGCUCUUCGAACUUUAUGCCUUGCUUUCAUGGACAUUGAAAGUGAUUUUUCUGCUCAGAACCCUCUUCCUCUUACUGGGUACACUUGUAUAGGCAUUGUUGGUAUCAAAGAUCCAAUGCGCCCUGGUGUAAAGGAGUCUGUUGCACUAUGUAGGGCAGCUGGUAUUACUGUCCGGAUGGUCACUGGAGAUAAUAUAAACACUGCAAAGGCUAUUGCCAGAGAAUGUGGAAUUUUGACAGAUGAUGGUAUAGCAAUUGAAGGCCCAUGUUUCAGGGAACAGACUGAGGACGAAUUGAAUAAAAUUGUUCCAAAAAUACAGGUGAUGGCCAGAUCCUCCCCAAUGGAUAAGCAUACUCUCGUGAAACACUUGAGAACCACUUUGGGAGAAGUUGUUGCUGUGACUGGUGAUGGUACAAAUGAUGCUCCUGCACUUCAUGAGGCAGAUAUUGGGCUUGCGAUGGGCAUUGCUGGAACAGAGGUGGCCAAAGAAAGUGCAGAUGUCAUUAUUCUAGAUGAUAACUUCUCAACAAUUGUAACUGUGGCCAAAUGGGGGCGUUCUGUUUAUAUAAACAUACAAAAAUUUGUUCAGUUUCAGCUGACCGUCAAUGUAGUUGCCCUAAUUGUCAACUUUUCUUCAGCCUGUUUGACAGGAAGUGCUCCCCUCACUGCUGUUCAGCUUCUAUGGGUGAACAUGAUCAUGGAUACUCUAGGAGCACUUGCAUUAGCUACCGAGCCUCCUAAUAAUGAGUUGAUGAGGAGAUCACCAGUUGGUAGGAAGGGAAACUUCAUCAGUAAUGUUAUGUGGAGGAAUAUCUUGGGACAGUCCUUCUAUCAGUUUGCUAUCAUAUGGUACCUUCAGACAAGAGGGAAGGUUGCAUUUUGUCUUGAUGGCCCAGAUUCUGAUUUGAUAUUGAACACGCUUAUCUUCAACUCAUUUGUCUUUUGCCAGGUUUUCAAUGAGAUCAGCUCCAGAGAGAUGGAAAAAAUAAAUGUUUUCGAAGGCAUACUGAGGAAUUAUGUCUUCGUGACUGUGCUAGCUUGCACUGUUGUCUUCCAAAUUAUAAUUGUUCAAUUCCUGGGUGAGUUUGCGAACACAACUCCUCUCAGCUUAUCGCAGUGGUUUAUCAGCAUUUUUCUCGGAUUCCUUGGCAUGCCAGUUGCUGCAGCAUUGAAGAUGAUACCUGUGGGCUGAAGCUGAAAUCAUGCACGUAAGUACUACUUUUUGUGCCACCACUGUAAAAUGAAGUGAUUAUAGAUGCAUGGAAAAGAGCUUGUACAGAUGGGAAUUUUGACAGAUGUCGGUAGUGUUUUUGGUAGAUUACUGAAUUUCGUCAAAUUUCUCAUUUGUACCAGGUCUAUUUUACACAUCUAUAUUCACCUGAUUUUAAGGUGCCGCCGCAUGAUCUGAUUUUACAGAAAUUGAUUACAAUUUUUUAUUUUUUGACGAAGGAAACUAUAGUGUUUGUUAGGUUAGGUUAAUAUCUGGUCAAAGUAAUAGACCAGACCUGACCUGAGGAGCUGAGGGUGCAUUCCACCUGCUUUUUGAUGAGCUAGAUUUAUAUACAUAUUAAUAGGGAAUUUUUAUGGGAUUUUGUUUGAUUUUACAUGGUUUUCAUUUUUUGUGUAGGAAAGGAUUUAAUUGGAAGAAAUCCUACUUUUUAGAAGUAAAUUGAAGAUAUCAAAGACUUGAGGAUCAACUUGUGCAGAAUCCAGAAGUCAGGAACCAAAUCUGCUAUUUUACCAUUGAAAAAAUUGCAAAAGGAGACCAGAAAUCUGACACGGAUGUAGUGUCGACACAUGAUUGGGGUGUCGGCAUCAUGCGUUAAACGUCUAGAAUCAAAUUUUGUUUCUUAUUUUGUGUCAACACAUAGUUCAAAGCGUCAGCACAACGCGAUCAGCAUCUAAAAUUUAGUUUCCUAUUUCUGUUCCAAGUCCACUUUUAUUUCAAUUAGGGUUUCUAAAAUCUUGUAAAUAUCCAUCCAAAUUCAGAAUUAGAGAGAGCUUUGGGAGGCUUGUGGCAGCCCUCUUUUGAGCAUUCUUGGAGGUUAAGAUAGAAGAUUCAACAAUAGGAGAUUAAGAAUUGUAAUUUUCUUAAAUUAGGUUUUAUUCUUCUUUGUUCAUAACUAUGAUUGUAAAUUUUAUUAUUUUUAUUAUGAAUUGAUUUAUUUUAUU